GGUGAAGACAGCUUUACAUGCAAGAUUCGGCGGAGGGAAGACACUGGUGACAAAUCCACAGUCUCGAUCCAUCUGUCCGGCUUACUGAUUCUUGCAAAGAAUAUUAAUAGAACGAGAGAAAUGCGUCACAGCAACCCUAGUUGCCCAGAGAUUAGCAACACUGCUGCAUCAACCGACGGUGAACCCCAGAGUUUUGGGGGCGGCGGGCUGAGAUCUCCAUCGCCGACCAAGUCAUUGCCUUUUUCACGCUCAGCUUCUUACUCACUUCCCUCUUUAUUCAACGGCUACGCUGCCACCUCGUCUGCGCUGAAAAGGAUGCCGCAAAAGAGAAAUAUGGCAUGGUACCCGCCUUGGACAAAGCUAUGGCUGGGUUUGCUGAUUGCCACCGUUGUUUUUGUGAACUGGUGGAUGCUCUCUCGGAUCCAGGAAUCAGGUCAGACCCAUGGGAUCAAAUUCAAGCUCAUUGAAGCUAAUUCAUCUCCUUUCCCCAUUCGGGAAGAACUUUUAAGUCUUGGUAAAGGAAAAAGGCCAGAGAAAACUAUCUAUGCACGGCUACUGGCCAGGGCUGCCCAUGCUUUAGCUGAGCUAAAUAAUACAAUUGAGCCCAAAGACUUGUGGGCAGAACCCUAUGCUAUCGCAUCAACAUGGAAACCUUGUGCUGAUCAGCGUGACUGGAAACCUAGUGGUGGAAAUGCUGGCUACAUUUUGGUGACUGCAAAUGGUGGUAUAAACCAGCAAAGAGUAGCAAUAUGCAAUGCUGUAGCUGUUGCAAGAUUAAUGAAUGCAACACUUGUUGUUCCGAAGUUCUUGUAUAGCAGUGUUUGGAGGGAUGUCAGUCAGUUUGGCGAUAUCUAUCAGGAGGAGCAUUUUAUUAACUACUUGAAACCCGACAUUCGAAUAGUGAGGGAACUCCCAAAGGAGUUUCAAUCAUUGGAUAUGGAGGCAAUUGGCAGUCUGGUGACAGAUGCAAAUAUUUCCAAAGAGGCCAAACCAAGUUUUUAUUUGAAGCAUAUUCUACCAAUCCUAAAUCAAAACAGAGUAGUCCAUUUCGUAGGAUUUGGGAAUCGCCUAGCGUCUGACCCAUUACCAUUUCAGCUACAGAGACUCCGGUGCAGAUGUAAUUUUCAUGCUCUGAGAUUUGUUCCCAAAAUACAAGAAGUUGGUGCUUUGCUUAUCCGGAGGAUGAGACAAAAUGUAACGCGCUUGGGGCGGUUGGAUCCUCACUUGGUUGGUCCAUACGCAAUGCGGGGUCAAAGUAUCCGUGCAGUAAAAACUACCCCGAGAUAUUUGGCAUUACACUUGAGGUUUGAAAUUGACAUGGUAGCCCAUUCUCUGUGUGAGUUCGGUGGGGGCGAAGAAGAAAGAAGAGAGUUGGAAGCAUAUCGUCAAAUCCAUUUCCCUGCAUUGGUGGAGUUAACAAAGACCAAGAAGUUGCCUUCUCCUGCAGUUCUUAGGUCUGAAGGUCUGUGUCCAUUAAUGCCUGAAGAAACAGCACUCGUGCUUGCUUCCCUAGGUUACAAUCGCCAAACUCGCAUAUACCUGGCUGGUGCACACAUCUAUGAAGGGAAAUCAAGGCUAGCUGCCUUAACCACCUUGUAUCCAUAUUUGGCAACUAAAGAAAGCCUGCUUUCUCAAUCUGAAAUCCAACCAUUUGCAAAUUUCUCUUCUCAGCUAGCGGCUUUGGACUUCAUUGUCUGCACUGCUUCAGAUGUGUUUGCUAUGACAGACUCAGGAAGUCAAUUCUCCUCAUUGGUAUCCGGUUACCGAGUAUAUUAUGGAGGGGGGAAGAUGGCCACCAUACGCCCAAAUAAACGCAGACUUGCUGACAUAUUUGUCAAGAACAACACCAUUGGGUGGAAGGUGUUUGAGAAGAGGGUGAGAAAGGCAGUGAGGCAAACAAAACGGGUGUUUUUGCGCCCAGUUGGUAGGAGUGUAUAUAGAUAUCCUAGAUGCCGUGCAUGCAUGUGCAAUACAGACAAUUGAUGGAUGAAUGUUUACAAUUUCCAAAUGAUAUAUAGUUCUCUGUACAUGGGGUCCGUCAUGUGGAUAAACAGGACACUCGCUUGGGCGUUUUUUCGCAUGUUGAGCCGAUAAACAAGCGGUACAAACAAAUCGAUCCUGCUGCUUUGCCUGUUGGAUAGACAUGCCCUCGCACCUGGGAUGGAACCUGCAAAGAAGAGUGAGAGAACCUGAUGGAAAAUAAGUUGAUGUACUCACCCUGGGGUCCUCUUCCCCAAGGUUCUAUAUGACAGGAUGAGUCUAAGCAAAGCAGUUUUAAAACUCGCAUGCUGUUUUUGAGUCUUAACUAGAUCGAUUGUUCAUUUAAGUUUUGUUGUCGAGACCAACUUAAUAGACGGUAGGAUUAAAAAUGACCUUAUAUAUGUUAGUCUGUAUCAUUGUAUUUGUUUUGUACUUCUGUGUAGAAUAGUGUAACAAAAACCAUCCCAUAUUUAAGUUUUGUUGUAGAGACCAACUUAAUAGACGGUAGGAUUAAAAAUGACCUUAUAUAUGUUAGUCUGUAUCAUUGUAUUUGUUUUGUACUUCUGUGUAGAAUAGUGUAACAAAAACC